AUGGAGCUGGGGGCGGCCGGGAUGCGGCGGUCGGCGUCGCACAACUCGCUGUCCGGGUCCGAUGACUUCGACCUCACACACCUGCUCAACAAGCCGCGGAUCAACGUCGAGCGCCAGCGCUCCUUCGAUGACCGUUCGCUCAGCGACGUCUCCUACUCCGGUGGCCACGCCAGAGGAGGCGGAGGCUUCGACGGCAUGUACUCCCCCGGCGGCGGUCUACGCUCUCUGGUCGGCACGCCGGCCUCCUCGGCGCUCCACUCUUUCGAGCCCCACCCCAUAGUGGGCGACGCCUGGGAGGCCCUCCGCCGCUCCCUCGUCUUUUUCCGCGGCCAGCCGCUUGGUACCAUCGCCGCUUUCGACCAUGCAUCCGAGGAAGUCCUAAACUAUGAUCAGGGUUGGGAGAAGAAGGUUGAUCGGUUUAAGCUUGGCGAGGGGGCCAUGCCUGCAAGCUUUAAAGUGCUACAUGACGAUAAGAAGGGUGUUGAUACCCUGCACGCGGAUUUUGGUGAGAGCGCAAUUGGGCGGGUUGCUCCAGUGGAUUCGGGCUUCUGGUGGAUCAUACUAUUGCGGGCCUACACAAAGUCCACCGGGGAUUUGACUCUGGCAGAGAGGCCGGAAUGCCAGAAGGCGAUGAGGCUCAUUCUGAGCCUGUGCUUGUCUGAGGGAUUUGAUACCUUCCCGACAUUGUUAUGCGCUGAUGGUUGCUGCAUGAUAGAUCGUAGGAUGGGUGUGUAUGGCUACCCCAUUGAAAUUCAAUCCCUUUUCUUCAUGGCACUAAGGUGUGCUCUUCUAAUGCUUAAACAUGACGCUGAAGGGAAAGAUUUUGUGGAGCGGAUUGCAACUCGUCUUCAUGCUUUAAGUUAUCACAUGCGGAGUUAUUUUUGGCUAGAUUUCCAGCAGCUAAAUGAUAUUUAUCGUUACAAGACGGAAGAAUAUUCUCAUACAGCUGUCAACAAAUUUAAUGUUAUUCCAGAUUCUAUUCCGGACUGGCUAUUUGAUUUCAUGCCUUGCGAGGGUGGUUUUUUUGUUGGUAAUGUCAGUCCUGCAAGGAUGGACUUCCGUUGGUUUGCACUUGGAAACAUGAUUGCCAUAGUAUCAUCUCUUGCUACACCUGAGCAAUCCAUGGCCAUAAUGGAUCUCAUUGAGGAGCGCUGGGAAGAGUUAAUUGGUGAGAUGCCUCUGAAGAUAUGCUAUCCUGCUAUUGAGAACCAUGAAUGGCGGAUCGUGACAGGAUGUGAUCCAAAAAAUACGAGAUGGAGUUACCACAAUGGAGGAUCUUGGCCAGUACUUCUCUGGCUGCUCACGGCAGCAAGCAUCAAAACUGGACGGCCGCAAAUUGCAAGAAGAGCAAUUGACCUAGCUGAGAGGAGGCUGUUGAAGGAUGGCUGGCCUGAGUAUUACGAUGGUAAGCUUGGAAAAUAUGUUGGCAAGCAGGCAAGGAAAUUUCAGACUUGGUCCAUUGCCGGGUAUUUGGUCGCCAAGAUGCUGCUGGAGGAUCCUUCGCAUCUUGGUAUGAUAGCCUUGGAAGAGGACAAGGCAAUGAAGCCAGUUUUGAGAAGGUCCGCCUCAUGGACAAACUGA